GGUUGCUUUGGGUUUGCGGGGCAGUGCGGUGCAGGGACCGGAGGGCGAAGGAGGAAGAAGAGGAGGAGGAAGAGGAGCUGCGGCGAGUUGGGAAAACAAACCAACCCCGGGAAGGGAGCGAAGAAGGAGCGGCUUCCAGAUCGGGGGGAUUUCUUUGGAUUGUUGGGGGGGAGGGGGGAGGAGGAGGAGGAAUCCCUUGGCGGCGGGACGAGGAAGUGGGCCACCCGAGGGGCCCGGCGCCGGGACUCGCACUCUCUCUCGUGUCUCCCCCAAGUUUCCUGCCGGUGCAGCAUGAAGAGCGGCGAUGGCACGGCGCGCUAAGACGGCGGUGCGGACGCUGGAGGAUCUGACGCUGGACUCGGGCUAUGGUGGCGCGGCGGACUCGGUGCGCUCCUCCAACUUGUCGCUGUGCUGCUCCGAGCCCUCCUCCGAGCCGGCGGCGCAUGGGGCCAAGGGCUGGCCGCCUCUAGCCGCCUCCUCCUUCUCCUCCGCCGCCGCCGCCUCCAUGCACAGCCGCCACAACAGCUUCGACACCGUCAACACCGUCCUGGGCGAGGAGGCCGAGGGGGCGCUGGGGGGCUGCGGGCCCGGGCAGCACUGCGCCCGCCUCCUGCCCGACCUCGAGGAGCUGCCCUGGAGCCUGGCCGAGGCCGAGGCGCUGCUCUCGCUCCUCCGGCGCCCGCCCGCCCGCAAGGAGCCCCGGCCGGCCCUCCUGCUCCCCUCCUGCGCCACCAGCUCCAGCAGCUCCUCCGCCAGCCUCAGCCUGAGCCGCAGCAGCGCCGGAGGAGGCGGCGGCGGAGGAGGAUGCCCGGCUUCCCGGGACGCCGUCUCCUGCCUCUCCGCCUUGGUGGGCCGGGCGCUGCUGAGGCUGGCCCGCGAAGCCCAGCGCCUCAGCCUCCGCUUCGGGAAAUGCACCAAGUACGAGGUGCAGAGCGCCAUGGAGAUGGUCCUGGGCUGGAGCCUGGCGUCCAGCUGCACCGCCGCCGCGCUCUCCGCCCUCUCGCUCUACAACAUGAGCACCGGCGGCGGAGGGGACCGCUUCAGCCGGGGCAAGUCCGCCCGCUGCGGCCUCACCCUCUCGGUGGGCAAGUUCUACCGCUGGAUGGUGGACAGCCGCGUGGCCCUCCGCAUCCACGAGCACGCCGCUAUCUACCUGACCGCCGGCGUGGAGAACCUCUUCCGAGAAGUCUACGCCAGGGCCCUCCAACAACAGCAGCAGCACCACCAUCCUCCUCCUCCUCUGAGCAACCCUCCGCCACAGCUGCCCCCGCCGCCGCCUCACCUGCUUCACCACCAGACACAACAACAACAGCAGCAGCAACAACAACAACAACAUCACCCUCCUCUAAGCAACCCUCCGCCCCAGCUGCCCCCUCCGCCGCCGCCCCCGCCCCACCACCCGCACCACCACCCGCCCCGCGGAGCCCCUUCCGGAGCCCCCUCUGCCCUCGCCGCCGCCGCCGUGGCCGCCGCCAGCGCUUCUCUGCCUCCCGCCGCCGCGGCGGCUGCUGCUUCUGCCCCAGACAACAAGGACCGGGAGAGUAACGCCAGCAGCAGCACCGCCGCCAGCGCCAAUGCCAACGCCGCCCACGAAGCGCCCAAGUUCACCCUGGAGGCCCUGGAGCAAGCCAUCAGCAACGACUCGGAGCUGUGGGGCCUCCUGCAGCCCUACCAGCACCUCAUCUGCGGGAAAAACGCCAGCGGUGUUCCUUGUCUGCCAGAAAGUCUGAAUCUUCACAAAGAGCAGCAAAGGUCAAAUAAACCAGGGGAAGUCCAGAUGUUUAGCCAGUCUGAGCUACGAACCAUUGAACAAUCUUUGCUUGCAACCCGUGUGGGAAGCAUUGCAGAACUCAGUGACCUGGUGUCUCGAGCAAUGCAUCACCUGCAGCCACUCAGUGCAAAACAACACAGCAACAGCACUCCCAUGCACCAAAAGCAGGGGUCAAUAUACUGGGAACCCGAAGCUUUGUACACACUCUGCUAUUUUAUGCACUACCCACAGAUGGAAUGGGAGAACCCGAACGUGGAACCCUCCAAAGUCACCCUCCAGACAGAAAGGCCUUUCAUAGUGCUGCCGCCUCUGAUGGAAUGGAUAAGAGUCGCUCUGGCUCACGCAGGGCACCGUCGCAGCUUCUCCAUUGACAGCGAUGAUGUACGGCAAGCGGCCAGGCUUUUACUACCCGGAGUUGACUGUGAACCUCGGCAGUUAAAAAUCGACGACUGCUUCUGUGCUUCUCGGAAACUGGACGCAGUGGCUACAGAAGCAAAGUUCAAGCAGGAUCUGGGUUUCCGAAUGCUGACCUGCGGCCGUACCGAUCUGGUCAAACAGGCAAUCUCUUUACUGGGUCCUGAUGGAAUUAACAGCAUGAGUGAACAGGGCAUGACUCCACUGAUGUAUGCUUGUGUGAAGGGAGAUGAAGCUAUGGUCCAGAUGUUGCUAGAUGCUGGAGCAGACCUAAACGCCGAGGUUGUCAGUACUCCUCAUAAAUAUCCAUCCGUCCACCCCGAGACCCGCCAUUGGACUGCUCUGACAUUUGCUGUAUUGCAUGGACAUAUUCCUGUAGUCCAGUUGUUGCUGGAUGCAGGUGCCAAAGUAGAAGGUUCGUUGGAACAUGGUGAAGAAAACUAUUCGGAAACUCCCUUGCAACUGGCAGCAGCUGCUGGAAAUUUUGAACUGGUUAGUCUCCUUUUGGAACGGGGCGCUGACCCCAUGAUUGGAACCAUGUACAGGAAUGGCAUUUCCAUGACUCCGCAAGGUGAUAUGAACUCCUUCAGCCAGGCGGCUGCACAUGGACACAGGACUGAACAUGCGCAGCUAGCAAGAUGUAAGCAUAUAAGAAAUGUGUUUCGUAAGCUGCUUGCUCAGCCAGAGAAGGAGAAGAGUGAUAUCCUGUCCCUGGAGGAGAUAUUGGCGGAGGGAACUGACUUGGCAGACGGCGCUCCUGCACCUUUAUGUGCCAGCCGCAACAGCAAGGCCAGACUGAAAGCUCUGAAGGAAGCGAUGUAUCACAGUGCCGAACACGGAUACGUGGAUGUAACCAUUGACAUAAGGAGCAUAGGUGUCCCAUGGACUCUUCAUACAUGGCUGGAAUCCUUGAGGACUGCUUUUCAACAGCAUAGAAGACCUCUUAUCCAGUGCUUGCUAAAAGAAUUUAAAUCCAUCCAGGAGGAAGAAUAUACUGAAGAACUCAUCACACAAGGAUUGCCUUUGAUGAUUGAAAUCUUGAAGGCAAGCAAGAAUGAAGUGAUUAGUCAGCAAUUGGCUGCCAUUUUCACGCAUUGCUAUGGACCCUAUCCUAUUCCCAAGCUUGUUGAAAUCAAACGCAAGCAGACAUCUCGCUUAGAUCCCCAUUUUCUCAACAAUAAAGAGAUGUCAGAUGUUACAUUCCUUGUGGAAGGAAGACCAUUUUAUGCACACAGAGUAUUACUAUAUACAGCAUCCCCAAGGUUUAAAGCUCUUUUGUCCAGCAAACCUGCAUCUGACAGCUCUUUUAUUGAGAUCAGCUAUGUGAAGUAUCCCAUUUUCCAGCUUAUUAUGCAGUAUCUCUACUAUGGAGGUGCAGAGUCACUUCUCAUUAAAAACAAUGAAAUCAUGGAGCUUCUAUCUGCUGCUAAAUUUUUCCAGCUUGAAGCAUUGCAACGACACUGUGAAAUCAUCUGCGCAAAAAGUAUCAACACAGACAAUUGUGUGGAUAUUUAUAAUCAUGCCAAGUUUCUUGGAGUCACAGAAUUGGCUUCCUUUUGUGAGGGUUAUUUUCUAAAAAAUAUGAUGGUUCUAAUUGAAAAUGAAGCUUUUAAGCAGCUGCUAUAUGACAAGAAUGGAGACUCACCUGGCCAAAAUGUACUACAAGAUUUACAGAGGACGUUGGCAGCGCGGAUCCAGUCAAUUCAUUUGUCGUCUUCAAAAGGCUCCAUUGUAUAAAAUUUCAGGAAGGGUUAGAUGUUUUAUGAAAGGCAGGGAAGGCACUGCAAAUGAAAGGUGGCUGUUGCAGCUUCUUGACGUUCUUUUUCCUUCUGGAGUCUUACAUUGUGGCCCAAAGGUGCUGUCACUUACUUGAAUCUUCUUCUCUUGGGCAAGAGGUUGCGGUACAUGUGACUCCUAUGCAUUUUCGGAACCGCAAGGAUGUAUUGCUCUCCUGAGAAUUUACUGUUCAGAUUCUGAACACAGAAGUGCUGUCGUGCAGCUAAUGCCAACAAGGGGGUGAGCCACGUUCUGGUGAAUAAAAGAAGCCCCAAACGGAGCAAGGAUGCCAUGGAACAAUUAUUUUUUAAAGCCAACACAUCAGGUUGUUUUUUGUUACACUGUGUCAUACUUUUUUUGGUGAGAGCGGUACUGUUCCCUGUCUCCCACAGUUCAUUGUAGUGUGCAUUUAAGAAACACACAACCUGAUAGCUGCUCUUUAGCAAGAGUCAAAGAACUGAUUAUGAAUGAGAAAAUACAUGUAUAAGCAAAUGUCUAGUGGUGAAAAAGUUUUUGAAUUAUUCAUUAAAAAUGGAGCAGCUUUGCAGUUUAAUUUCCCCCUCCCUUAUGUUUCAGAUUCCAAAGUUAUUAUCAAGAGAGAUAUUUGAGAAUGUAUAUAACAUGUUAAAUUUGGGGUUUAGCUUUGUUUCAUUUUUUUCCAAUGGUUAAAUGUAUAUUGUGUAAACAAACAUCGGAAAAUGGUUUUCAGCUCAUAUUCUGCUUUACUUAACAGUGGUAUAAUCCUGCCUGAAUGGCUAUGGUUACACCAAAGAGGUGCACUUACCAAGAACUCAGUUGUUUGUUUCGGGGGAAAUUCUGCAUGCUAACUGUGGUUUGGGGUUUAAAACAGCAAUGAAAUUCAACAUGCAUUUGCAUGGUAAUGGUACCUGUGAACUGUUCCGUUUGUGCUUAAUUUUUCAGGAAAAAAAGGCAAUGCGAUGUUAGUUUUUUGUCCAACUCCAUUUUUGUGAAGUUCUAUUUCAGGAUUUUAUUUUCUGGUUACACACGACUUCCAUGUAGAACAGUUUUAAAGAUGAUAGUUUCUAGUUAUUCUAUGUGAGGGGUCAAUCCAGGGUCUUUAUUCAAGAGAAAUGUUAGUAUUUUGCUACUGGGCAGAAAUUAUGAUGAAGAUGAUUUAUUUUAAUUAUAUAUUAAAUAUGUACUAUAGAGCGAUUUCUUGAAGUCAGCUGAGAAUGUGUAGAUUAUAUGCUUAUGGAGGCCUGUAACAGGCCUUGAGUUAUUUAGUGACAUAUUUUAAGCAAAUUGUUUUAAGUGCCACACUGAUUCUUAAUGAUUUUCAGUUUGAUCAAAUAGUUUUGCAAAAACCACAGUAAAGGGUUAUUCCACUACAA